GUCACUCUUGCUCACUAGAGGACUGUGUGUGCUUGUGUGUUACCAGCACUGACUCUGUCCUUCUUCCUCAUUUCAUUACAGGAAGUGAGUGUGCAGUGUGAAGCAGCCCUGUCGCCACUCUCAGUGACAGGUCAUAUACUGCUGUGGAACCUUGUCAACAUGGUGCUUUUCUAGUACUGGACCCUGCUGCUGCUGCAGCCACUAUGCCGGGCCGUCAUCUGGCUCACAACACCUGAUUCCCUCACAGUGGAGGAGCAACAGGUCCUAAAGGUGAGUAUUACCGUUCACUGUACAGCUUUCACCACCUCCUGCUCGUACUUUCCUCAUUGACCGAGCUAGUCUUUCUCCAUCAAAUGUGAUGCAACUAAAAAAUGUCGCACACAGGAUGUGCUGAAAUGCAUGCAAUCUGAAAUUAAUCAUCAUCUGAAGUGGGUUCUCUGGUGUUGCAAUCAUGGCAAGCAUUUAAUAUUCAGUGUCACCGAGCUACCAGUAAACGGGGCAAUGGAAAAUUGAGGCCGAUAGCAUCUUUCCUCAGCUUCCCCAUUCUGCAGAUUGUUCAAUGGUCAGCUUGUAGGAAGUUGCAGACUGAGUUGUGAAGUAGCAGAGAGACGUUCAAAGUUGUGAAGAAGAGCAGGUGGUACGUGGGUCAAAAACAAGGGGAUUUGAAGAGUGCAUUCACAGUGUAUGUCCCUUCAGGCCGGAGUCUGUCCAUGUGGAGGAUGGGGAACAUGGUGAGAGGUGUCAGACAGAAGACCAGCACAGGCAACCAUGAAAGCUCUCUAAAGGGUAAGCUUUACGAUGGAUUUCAAAAUACGGCUUUUGUUUGAGGUGAACUUUUUAGAAAUGUAUAUAAUCCAUGACAUGUACACCUAAACACAAUGACUUUGAGUUUGCCAGAUAUUGAGUUUCAAAAAUACACAGCUAAUGGUGUCUGAUAUGCCACUGAUUCUGGGUUGAUGUUAAGAUGACAUUUGCAAAUCCGGAUUUUUAAAUGUUUUUUUUAAUUUUUUUUUAUAUCGGUCAGGUGUGGAGGAUGACAUAUUGGUGACCCUUCAGGACUACCCGUCUCCUGACAUCAGCGAGCCCAUCUUCAGGAUGGGAGAGAAACUCAAAAUGGUCGCUCAGUACGUUUCACAUUUCUUCAUUCUUUGUUGAAAAAUGAACAAAUAGUCGGUCAAAAUCGAUGAGGAAAUAAAUUAUAAAGAAAAAGGUUUUAAAAAAGGAUCUUUUGCAACUUUGUGCUGAUUCUGUUCAGUUUUAGAGAAGUGGUCAGAGUUAAAGGUCAGACAGUCGUUAAUUCCUCUUUUGUUUUUUCUGGGUGAUCAGGGAAGCUUAUUGGUGGCGAGUCCGCUCUCUGCAAUCUGGAAAGGAGAACUACAUACCAAACAGCCAUGUGGCUAGAGUUUACCAUGGGUAAGUCCAAAUAAAGCUCAUGUGUGGGGUUGAUCUGUGUGGUAUGUUUGGUCGUAAUCUUUCAAUGUCAGUUUUUCUUUUCUUCUAAGAUUACUCUUUCCUGGUAACAUUUACGAAAGAUCUCAGUUUCACGAGAUUUUUGCAUCACAGCUUUUUGUGUUGAUUUCAAGUCGUUUUAACCCCAUUUUGACUCAGAUAUAAGUACCACAGUUAAUGGACAAGCAAGUUUGUGGUAUUACUCAGUGUUUUUUGUUGUUGUUGUUGUUGUUAGGUGGCUUUUUGAAGGCGUGGAGAGGCAGAAGGCCGAGGAGCUGCUGUGCCUACCUGUGAACAGAGUUGGAUCAUUCCUGGUGCGGGAAAGCACAAGAGAGAGAGGUGAGGAUGUUUAGACACAGCAAAGUCUGAUGUUACCGCUUUAAGCUCGGCUGACUUUUUCCGCCUUUGAAGAGUGUCUGAAUAUGCUGCUUUUCACCAAGUACCCAUGUGCCAUAGAUGAGAUCAGGAUGGCGUUAAGAGGAAGAUGACAGGCUAGAUUCAGUCUGAUACAAAUUAGUAAUAAGAAGAUGAAAUUUAAUCACGCAGGAAGUAAUUUUGAACAUUUUUAGUGUGGUUGAAGCGGCCAAGGUUUUUAAAAUAUCUCAACUCUGCGACCCAAAUGGUCUAAUAUGCUUGUAUUAUCCCUGAUAUUAAAUCAAAUUUUGAAUGCAUGCCAUGCUGUGACACAACAUUACAUCAAGUGCACAAAUAAUAUCAACCUGUUACUCCUGGCAGUACAUUUUAUUUUUUGUGAUUUGAUUCCUGGUCAAUCGAGUUAAUUCAGAGUUGGUUCACCUCUCAUCACAGUUACUCGAAACUUAACUUAAUACAACAGGAUGAUCUCAUUAUCUGUAUAAUUCUCCAUAUGACUCAAAGUUACUGAUUUCACUUCCCUGAAACAGGUUAAAAUUAGAAAAGUCAGAUAGUAAUGGACGUGCGAUUAUCACUUUAAAUCAUUUUUCUUUAAACAUUCGUGUUACCUCCAUAUCAACAUCAGAGCUGCAGCUGAAUGUUUGUGAUGAUAGUCUAAAAAUGUCUAAACACAUGUACAGAUAAGUCUGAGUCAGUCUCAGAGGGGAAACAGGAGUUAUUGUAGUCAGACCUUUUGCGCACUAAUGAUGAAAAAGUGAAAUUUAACACACUCAUCCUAGAAGUUUUACUCAUCUGAUAGUUAAUCCUUCAUUUUGCAGACAUGGUUGUGUUGAUUCUAGUCUAGAUAUCAUGUUACUCUGGGUUGAAAACCAGCUUUGUGGGACUGUUUGGCAUGAUUUUCUCAGGGUUAGUCAGUCAGAUAAGUCAGAUAAGCCAAAGGUAACAGUGAGACAUUGAACUUGUGUGGAAGUUUAGGUCCCUGGUCUUUUGCUGAAUUGUUUAAAUUGUACUGUGCACACUUGCAGCCAGUAGUUUCACAGCUCUGGCACAAUGACAGCCUCUCUAGCCCUUUCUUGCUCUCUUAUGACCGUUUUUGGGGCUGGAUAAUUUUGCACUGAGGAGAAAAAAUUCUGUAAGAAAAAUCUUGAACAAAAACACUCCAAGCUCUCAGAAACAAGUUAAAACAAUGGUGUGAUUGUCCUCCAACUGCCAGCAAAACAAUGACGAAGCAUUUUCCUAAACUUGUUUUUAUAAACAUGUGGAAGAGGAAUUACUGGAAAGUGGUUUUUCCCGUGACAAACAAUGUCUGGUCACAUGUUGGUCUUUAACUUUUCUUUUUUAUCCAUGUCACUCUUUCUGUGCAAGUCAGAUCAGUUUUUUUAGGUUUGGAAAAAAUGACCCAUGACUAUUUUGGUGCUGAACUGGAACAGAGAGGCCUGGUGUCACAAUUAAAAACUUUGUAUUAAAUCUGUGCGUUUGUGUUUGUGGUGUCCUCAGGUCUGUAUUCACUGUCAGUGAAGCACAGGAUCAUAAAGCACUAUCGGAUCUUCAGACUGGAUAACAGCUGGUACUACAUUUCCCCUCGACUCACUUUCCAGUGCCUGGAAGACCUCAUCAACCACUACUCUGGUUGGUAGACACACAAAGGCUCACAAACAUGAAACCCAAAAACAAAAAGGGAACUAAUGUCUCUCUACAGAGCAAAACAGAAAGCAUACAUACAGAGACCUACUUAAGCAGUGAGAAUACUCUGCUCGUGCUUAUAAUAGAAGCUUCUCUUAUCAGAGUUUGACUCUUUUUUUUUUAUAUUUCCUGCCCCCUCUGAAUGUUUUUGGUACAAAACAGGAAAUGAGAUAGACUCUGCGUGCUUGACAAUGACCACUGGUGCGUUCACAGUAGCAGAAGUGUUGUUGUUCUUCUUUAACAUGAAUCAUCCAAACUGCUUCAUCAGUAUGUGUUUUAUAUUUGCCUGGGCAGUAUGCAAAUUAUGCAACUUAAUGUGUUUGGUGUUUAAUUUUGUGAUUUAACUUCCUCUAACCUUACUUCAUGGGUUUUUCCUCAGAUUGUGCAGAUGGCCUAUGCUGCGUAUUAACCUCCCCGUGUCUGUCCGGCUCCACCACCCCGGCAGAUGUAUCUCACGCAGCUCCACCUGUAGUCAUGAGGCACAACUUUGACUGGAAGAAAGUAGACAGGUAUGAUGACAGAGGCUGAGGUCGGCAAGCAUGACAGUGUGGUAACUGUGGCAGAGGGAGCAUUAGUUGAUGACACUUAUUUUUCACUACAGCUAGCUUAGUCACUUAGCAAAUAAAAAGUUUGAAAAUAGUGAAAAUUAUUUUGAACAGUUAUCCAGGGUCCAAAUGAACUCGAUUUAGAUAAAGAAAACAAGAAAAGUCAGGCUUAAUGCAGAAACAGUCAACAUAUUUUAGGAUCAGAUAUGCAUUAAAUCAUAAGGAUUGUAACAUGAAUUUCCGCUGCCUUAAAAUAACAAACCAAUAAAAAACUUUGCUUUGCUUUGAUAAAUUCACACCCAGCACUGACUUGACCUUUUAAAAACCUCCAAAUUUGUCUAGUACUCCUCAAAUGAGUCAGCCUCCUCUCAUAAAAUCAUGAAGCUCUGUCUGAUUCACUCAAAGAUUCACUCAAAGAUGCAGAUAAUAAGGGUAACUUAAUUUUCUUAACAUGUAGAGCAAUAAAGAAGCUCAGUGUGCAAUUGUUAGUUGCAUUUAGUCAGCAACAUGAGUUAAAAACUUCAAAUGGCGGUGUUUGCUGCCCAUUCCUUCACAGUGUACCUUUAAAACAGACUUGAGACUUGAGUGCUUCUGCAAAAGUAAGCGGUGGAAAUAGAGGUUAUGAAUGCUAUCAGUGGGCACGGGCCCUUAGAUUUUUGACCCUUGUUGUGAAGUGUUACUCUUUUCUUUCUAUUGGCGUGUUCUGAGAUGAAUUGUUAUGUUAGAGAAACAUUCAUGUAGAUGACCAAAACACUCACUUUCCCUUUUUGUCUCGCCUCCUCCUCAAACAGGAGUCAGCUGGUCAGCACAGACAACUGCAGUGACAACAUGGUGAGCUACGGCGUCAGGAACAGCAUCGCUGCCUACCUGUCCUUCUCAGGGAGUCAGCAGUCUGCACAGACCAGAGCAGAGAGCAGGAAGAAAAAGAGCAAAUCAGUGUACGCACUCCCUGAGACCAGCCAUGGACACAUCGACUAUGAAGAAGACUUCUAAGGACAGCUGUGGGGUUUGGGGACAGGAGCACCUCUGAGCAGCAGAGGGCUUGAGAAACAGACUUUUGUUUACAGCGUCCCAAACCUCAGAGAGUGUGAAAGCUGAUACGAACACUGUGACGUCCUCUAACAAUGAUGCCAUUUGCUUUAACACUUUGACAAUGAUUCAGCAAAUCAGCAGGAAUCAGACAGAGUGAACCUGAGACGGUGCGAAGGAACUGAGAUCUGCACAUGAACCGGAAAAUUGUACAACAUGGCAUUAUGACUGUGAAAAAGACUUGAAUGCUGUGAGGAUUGUGGGUAAUAUUAUUGUGUUAAAGAGUACUGGAAUAUUUCAAACUAUUGUAUAAAUGUUGUAUAGUAUUACAGUUUUAUUUUGACACCAACUUUAAUAUAUAUAUGUACAGUAUAUUUUUAAUGUUAAUGGGGUUGCUUUUACUCCACUGUAACUGCAUUUGCUUAAUUCAUUUGAUUAACUUGUUGGCUAAUAGCAAAUUGUUCAUAAAUCAAGCUGAUAUAAAGUUAUAACAUUUGGAAAAACACCCACUUGAGUUUGUAAACUCUGUUGGAUGUUUGUUGACAGUAGAUUUACGUCAUCUUGACUUUACACAUUUCUCCCUGAAUUUGUGCAGAUUUGAACACAUCAGUACAUCAGUUGCUUACUCUCUUUAUUGGUGCAAUAAACUCGCGCUAUUUUCACAUUAUACUGCAUGAACAUGAGCGCCCAAAGAUUAACACAUGAUGAGGGGAGAGGUUUCCUGUGUUGACUCCAUUGCCCAAAUUUACUGUCUUCACAACCUUCUCACUCUCUUUCCUCUAAGCGAGCUGCUUUUUUAACACUUUUAAGACAGAAAUAAUCGUAUUGUGAAGCGCAGAGUAGCUGCACACCAUGUCCACUGGUUUUUUCUUGACAUAUGCCCCAAUGGGUUUACAUGUUGAUUGACUGCUGAGGCGCAAGGGAUUUUCUGAAGUUCUGAUUUUUAAACUGUUAGGAGCAGGUAACAUUUGACUGGAUUACUCUUCCUGAUCUAGUUUAUUAACACCGGGCGAGAAUCAGAUUAUUGACAGAAGCAUCUGUUUGCAGUAGGUGGCACCCUGCUUCCUCUCAGCUUGGUUGCUUAUUCCGUUACGCACGUAGACUGUAGAUAGCAUAUAAUGGACGCCGUCUGCCUCCUCGUUGUGUGAAGCACACUGUGGUGACGGGCUGCAGUAUAGGUCAUAAAUCCCGCCUUCUCCAGCAAUCCCUAUAGAGCUGUGGACAAACUUUAGAAAUUAAUUACACAGAAUAUAAAUUAUUCUCCCUCCUGGUUACGAUGUUGACAUGUAGUUACUGUAAGACUAGUAUGUGCUCAAGUCCUCUUUUUUUCUGUACAGCUCCAUUUUUAAAAUGUUAUGAGGAGGUUCAUGUUUUCUAUGAUUGACACUUGAUACAGCCUAUGGAUGUACAAAGAUUGUGUAGCUCACCCGGGGGAAAUGCUGUUUGAGCAGUGCGUCAUCACAGUGAUUUUCAGCGACUUUUCCGCGAAAUGCAUACAAGUGGUCGAUUGCGUACAACGCUACCGCGUGAUGUUGGUUUCAGGAAGUGGAGAAAAAACCCAGAAAUACCGAGAGCUUUUUGGCUUCAGAUCUGUAUACUGGUGGAAGGCAGAGCCAAGUUGACCAUAGAAUAUACAGGCUAUGGUUAUGCACCAACACAAUCGGCAAAAUGUGUUAGCAAGUGGCAAACAAGAUGCAAACCAAGCAAUAAAAAUGCUAUCACCUUUACAGCUUUGUAGUGUUUGUACAAUAUGAUAGUUUUGUCUUGUUUGUGUUCUUUCUACAUCAGUCAAGGUUUUACUUUCUGCCUGUCUUUCUAACAACUCAAAGUCAAAGUCUGGUGUAUGACAACUGAAUGCUUAGGCUAGUUUCCAUCUGAUUGAGUCGUACACCAGGAACAAAAACUUGAUCGACAUUAUCACAUCAUCUUAAUAUGUCGGUUCGGCUAUAAGAAUUUCAAUUUAGAGCGAUAUCUGUCUGACUAUUACAAUAAAUAACAAUACAAUAAAUUUAAAUGUAAUUUACUGACAUGAAUUCUUCUAUUCCCAUCUUGUGCAAACACAACAUAAGGACCAGUUUCCACUCCACAGGGCUGAUGGGAAAUGUAGUAUUACAGAGUGAUGGCUUUAAACAGGUUUGUAAAGAAUUUUUUUUACGGUUGCAACAUUUAAAAAGACAAAUAAGGAUUCAAAAUGAAAGAAAAAGAGAAUCAUCUGGAAAAUAACAAACUUGAAGUUGAGGAUUAUUUGCAGAAAAGCAAAUGUGCUGAGCAUCUCUUCAUUUUAGCUCCUGGAUUAACAGCCAUGCUCUUGAUUUGUGAGUCGUCAUCUUUUAAGAAUUUGGAAACCUUCAGUGUUUGUUGAACAGAGUCCAGGAUAAAGAGCAUCAGUGACUCUACAGGGCAGUACUUCUGAGGAUCCGUUAAAUCAAAUUUCCUCACAAACAUCAAUCCCAAACUGUUAUUUGUUGAACUUCCUCCACUGAGUUGUGGCUGGCCUCACCAGUGUGUCUUCUCACUAAUUUCACAUGUUUACCAUCUGACAGGCAGACUGAAGAAGACACAAUACUGCACGUCUUCAACAGUUAUUUUGUCUGUAACGGAAAAACGACAAAACCAAACUUCCCUUCAACAUUUUCAUGCUUUUGCUUAAGCAAUUUCCUCUUCUGUAUUCAUGGCCCGACCUGAACAUUUUUAACCACUAAACCCCAAAGAGCAAACUUAAACUCCAGCCUAAAAAUACUGAGAACAGCAUUCACCAUUAUCUAUAGCUUUCUGUGUUCUCUUGUGCAUCUGAGUCAGAGAGUAACGUGUGAUAAAUAUGGCCAAGAAUGUGAGCAGAUGUGACGCAGAGUCAGUCAGCGGUGGAAAGUUCAAACUAGAAGCGUAUUUAUCAAGGGUGCGACAUGGGAAGGAAAAGUCGGGGUUCAUGACCAGCGAGGGCGCUAAAAACAGAAAGGUUUGUGACAAUGAAAUGAUAGGGCCAGAUAUGAGAUUUAUGAAAUCCCUGGAAGUGCCCCUGUGCAAGAUUUAAAGGUUUAAAGUUCAACGUUUCCUGAGAGAAGGUCAAAGUCCCAGAAACAAUGGAAGAAAAGAAAAAACACCUUUCACAUCACGCAAAAAAAUGUCCUCAAACUACUUGUGACAUUUUUCAAGUUAAGUUACCGUCAGCAGAUGUGAAAGUUGAGGUGUGAAAUUAAGACAGGGCGGUACAGUGGUGUAGUGGUUAGCACUGUCACCUCACAUCAAGGCGGUCCUGGGUUCGAAUCCGGGUCAGGGCGUUUCUGAGUGGAGUUUGCAUGUUCUCCCUGUGUCUGCGUGGGUUUACUCCAGUUUCCUCCCACAUCCCCAAAAAACAUGCCUAAGUGGGGUUAGGUUAUUUGGCCAUUCCCAACUUGCCCAUAGGUGUGAAUGUGAGUGUGAAUGGUUGUUCAUCUCCAUAUGUCAGCCCUGCGAUGAACUGGCGACUUGUCCAGGGUGUCCCCUGCCUUCGCCUGAAGAUGCUGGGAUAGGCUCCAGCCCCCCUGGGAACCAGAAUGCGGGGUAGAAAAUGGAUGGAUGGAAAAUUAAGACGCUGAAAGUCUGGGCAAAUGUAUAGAAAUGAGGAAGUUAAUAUUUUUUCCCAAGGUGCAACUUUGCAAGUAUGAUUUGUUGGUGGUCUUUAAAGCUCCUGUGGGAACUUUCAGUUUGUCUCAGAGCAGUUUUCACUUGUGUUGUCUUUACAUGCUUAAAUAGCGUCUUUUAACCAAAACAAACUCCUCAUUUUGACUUUUGACACUCAAAUCAUAAAAACGUCUGUUUGGCCAACACCUGGCCCACGCACCAGUGUUAAGCAUUAAAAAUUCUGAUAUAAAAACUUUCAGUGUUGCUUAUGAUGGUCCUCUUUGCUUUUGGGUAUUAUGUGACGGCAUCAGUAUGAAUAUAAGACAAAUUUGGAAAAACUUCUUGUAGGAGCUUUAAACUGAAUGAGCCAGCUGUGUGUGUGUGUGUGUGUGUGUGUGUGUGUGCGUGCGUGCGUGCGUGCGUGCGUGCGUGUGUGCGUGCGUGCAUGCAUGUGUGUGUGUGUGUGUGUGAGACUAAUGACGACGUAGUCAGCACUUUGUUCUCAGUUCAAAAGCAGGAUCAAAUGCCUGCGUGUCCUGGUUUUAAAGUCUCAUAAAAUGUCUAAAAGUAACUUAUUAGGAAGUCAAGCAGUGUGUGAAUGUGAGUGUGAGUGUGUGUGUGUGUCUGUGGAACAAUCAGUGAUGCUAGCCUUCACACACACACACACACACACACACACACACACACACACACACACACACACACACACACACACACACACAUCUGGUUGCCCCGUGCUGCCCCAUAUUGAGACUGCUGUCCAGUCAGCAUUAGUCACUCUCUCAUCAGGUGGCCUCCCCAGACACUGUGCAACAGUUUUUUUUUGUUUUUUUUUUGGGGGGGGACGAUGCAGGAUCGUACUCUGAGUGAAUUUCAGGUUGACUCAUGACUCUUUGUCAGUGGAUCUGUCACAUCUGGGGUGAAGCAGAGUGUGAAGUUUAAAAGUUCACUUUGGGGACCAGCCAUACUCAUAUGACAGCCAUGUUCCUCAGCUGUAACGCUCAGGUGGCUGUGAUUUGAAUGUUUGAAUUUUGUUGCUUCUUAAUCGAUCGGCAGCUGAGAAGACAGACUGUUGUGAACACGUAAACUGAUGAAACAUGGUGACCUGUGUGAAAGAGGACCUGUUGCUCAGGGUUCAUUCCCAGCUAACAGAACUCAGGUGAUUACACAUUAAUUUAAACAUACUUAUCUAUUCUGCCACUAAAUCUAUACGCCACCCCUUUAAGUAUGAUUUUCAAAAUAAACUUCACUCUCCCUGUGACUGACCUCUUCAUCCACAUUCACUUCAGUGAACUUCUAACUACAAACUUUUCCCUGAAGCAUUUACCGUAAUACUGAUGUUAGAUGAGAAAGACAUAUUUGACGGUGCCAAUCAUCACACAUCAUGAAAACAAAAGCCUUCAGAGGGAUGAGGAGCUAAAGAAUCACAGCUUCACGAAAAGCACGUAAAAACUUCACACUCCUGUUGACUUUCCAGAAAACCUGCAGUUUGAGACAACUUUACGAAAAGACAAACAAGAGUUCUCUGUUCUUCAUUUGAGUUUUGUUUGAUGAUACAGUCGAUGUACGCACCAAGGAAAACACCCACACACAGCUCCACGGUGCUUUUUUCUCCCUGAAUGAAAACAAGAAAGAGGAAGAAGAGUCUCUGUCUGUGGAAGGGGGAUGAAGACACGAGAGAAAAAGAGGGAUAAGUGACGGAAAUGAAUAGAUUGAGGGAGAUCCUUCUUCCACCAGCUUGUUUUCUGUUAAUCAGGUUCUUCUAAUCUCGCCACAUCCUCCCCUCUCCCUACGAGGCCCAGCUGUCCAAACCUCUGACUUCAUCGCCUCUGCGCUGGCGAGCUGCAAAAACCAACAGAUAGAAAGUUUGCUUUGUUCAAUUAAAAACGCAUCCAGAGCUCCUUCUUCUUCUGUUCAUUAAACCAGCUCUUCACAAGCCAAACUUGGGCUAACUCUGGACGUUUUCAACAAUUUUUCCGAUGAGCUGAGUUCAGCACAGUUAUUCUCUUGUAUUCUGCUUUUAGCUUUGAGUAAGUUUCCGGUUUGAUCACUCUUAGUUUAAUUCACAGCUCGAGUCCAAUUUUAACUGUAACCACUUCCUCAUGGUGUACAUCGGAGAGAUUUCUAUCAUGGUCUAGACCUGAAAUGGACACGAAAAUGGCUGCUUUUGGGUGAAAGACAUUUUUGAAGAGCUUUUACUGAGAAAAUGAUGAAACAAUCACCUCAACUUAGAAUCACAGAGACGGUAAAAUGACCCUGGGAAAUUCAGCAAAUCCAUUCAGAGCAAAGUGAGACUGAACCUGCGAAUAACCUCCUCAGAAAAAGCACAUGAGAACAUAUCCGUUAGUGUUGUUGAACCAAGAGCCUCAGCCAAUACAUACAACCAUGUCCAAGGCUGUCCAGGGAACUAUGGGAAAACAAACAAAAACCAAAACUCUUAAAAAAAAGCCCCCAAAUCUAAAAGUGAGCAUCUUUGCCAGAGGAUGGAGUGUUCUCGGGUGACCCGCCAGGAAUCUGUGCUCCCAUUCCCAAAGCCAGCUCCUAAAUUCUGCACUUUAAGUAGUUUUUCCAUACUGGGAUACAAAAUGGGUGAAAUGUCAGCUAAAGCUUCAGUAUAAGUUUGCAGAACAGGCCUUUCUGUGUCCUGUUACAUCAGCUCACAACACUUUAUGCAACGACUUCUUGCUCUGCUCGUUGAUAGCUUUUUUAUUGGCUGGUCUUGAUUGUUUUAGGUGUCCUGGGCAUUCUCCAUUUUUGAGAGAAGGAACAGCAAUCCAGUCAAACUUAGUCAAACAAUCCAGUAACAUUUAAACGCCAAGAAGACUUGACGAGAGGAAAUGACGAACAGACUUUCAAUCAGCGAAACCCCAGGAGGACGUUUUCAAAGCUUGAAGAAACAGAGAGGCAGAGGCAUAAAAGAGUUUGUCGAGGAGGGGAAACAUGGAUCCGGCUCUGCUGUCAUUUAACAGCCAGCCGAGUUAACGCCGAGCAUCCUACCGCGACGAACAAACACAAAGAGGAGAGUUUGUUCUCACGAGGAGAUUUCCAAGCGCUUCGCCACGUGGCUUCUCACAAAUAAUUAACAGGAGCACCACGCGGGCUCUUUCUAAUCAGAAAUUCAAAUGUUGGUAAACCCAAAUAAGCCCGGCUGGUGACUUCACAUGUAUGCAUAUAUCCCUGUCAGAGCCUCAUAAAGAAGAAAAAAAAAGUCUUGUUAAAUUUUACUGCUCUGGCAGGAGAAAGCAUGUGGUAAGAAUGCAGAGCUGGAACCUUUUAAUUCCUGUAAAGAGUUCCUCAUGUGGAUUCAGUGUUGUACCUGGCAGUGUGCACGCUCUUACCGUCACCCUCGGCUCCUGUUGAACCUUGUCUGUCUCUGAAGGAUGACGAGUGAGAUGAUAGAUGUGAACAAAUUAGCACCAGAAGUGAGACUAGAGGACUUUGAAGGCAGACAGAAAAGUGGGGUGAUGAAGAUGAAUGAGUACUGGGUCAAAAUGUGGGCUUCAGAGAAUUCUGUCGCAAAAAAACAGGGAGUGAAACAUGAGAAAUGUGACAUGAACUGAAACAUUACCUUAAAAGUGAACUUUAAGAUAGUUUGCUCUUAAGGUGUGAUCACUUUUAUUAUGCCGAAAAUGAAAGUUAGUGUCCUGAAGCGACCGAUGCAGGUGAAACAACGAAUUUAGAUCACUUCCUCUUGUUUUCACACUUCAGAGGUUAAAAAAUGAAACUGCAAAAACAACAUAAUCAAGCAACUGAGAAGACAUAACUUCAGUUUUUCUUUUGAAAGACCUUUUUAUACACAGCUAUCACAACAUGCAGGCAUGUAGUGUUCCUGUUUCAGGAGACAUAGAUAAAGUUCAUAAAAUAGGGUUGUUAUUAUAUCAAAUGUUUACUUCACGACUACUGUGGCUAGAAAUAUCUGUUAUUCUAUUAUGCACUCAGGAAACUCUUUCCUCUGCAGGGUAAAACUAUGAUCUUAUUUUGAAAUGUACUUCUGCUGGUGGACUGUUAGUCACAGAGCUGAAUGGAAACAGUUAAAAAUGAUUAACUGAGGGACAUCCGAAGAGGCACAAACUGUAACAUUGUUUUUGGAUUUAUGACAACUCUCGGGAUGUCAGCUUUAAAAAGAGUCUCAUCAUCAUCUCUCAGAGAGCUGCUACAGCUAGCUCGCUGCUGGCAGCUGCUGCUCCUUCAUCUCUGCAGUGGGAGCAGAAGUAAAAUCAAACUUUUGUAUGUGCUCUUUCUACUUCAGAAGGAGGGUCACACUUGUUGAGAACAGGCCUAUGAUGAAAUAUGUCUAAAAUAAAGGUACUGGUCAUAAAUUUGACUGGCACACACAUGUUUCUCACAGCCUCAGGCCUCGCUGCUUCUGGAGAGCAGCCAGAAAAUAACAGAGCGGCUCUGACAUGAUUGAUUGCAGCUCUGGCCGCUGAUAACCGCAGAUGAAGCUAAUAAUAACUUGAUGUGGGCUUGGUUUAUCCGAGUGAUAUCACUCCUCUACAGACAUGCCGUUUAUAAAGCAGAUUCAGAGAUAAAAUCAGCUGCUCAACGCUCAUGAUUUUCCAUCUUCAAUCCUGUUUAGUAUGCAACCUCAGAUAGAGUUUUGGAUCAUUCCGUUGCAGCAUGUAUUUAUCCUCAACCAGCUCUCCUUCCAUGACACUGAAGCCUGUUAGAUUUAUCCUGAAAUACCACAGUCCUCUUCUCUUGAGUUCCACUGUACAUACCAGAGAAUAAAGAGUGUUUAAAUGUGUUUUUUGGCAGCUUAUGACUCAAUCUCUUCAAUGGCAAAAGCAGGUGUGUGUGUUCCUCUGUGCUUUCCAGGAAAAAGACGGGAAGGAUUUCAGAAAGGAGCAACCGCUUUCUAUAUAUUUUCCAAGGCAUCUCAUGAAUGAUGAGACACUGAGGGCAAGCCCGGCCUGCAUAUAACUCUCCUCUUGAUAAAGUGUUGAAAGUGUUACUGAUAGCUUGUCUGCAUGUGGCUCUUAGGAAAAGACAUCCACUGCCUUGCGUUUGCAUUACAUUGGAUAAAAAACACUUAGAUGCAGGAAAGCCUUUAUUGCCUGUUCUGCAACUUUCCUAAAAACAAGUCCAAGCCUUAUAUGAGGAAGGAAAAACAAGCUCUAAAAAGCCACGCAGGCAUUAACCCCAUUUGUUCUCUCUUCCCUUAUCAGGCUCUCCUCUGGCAUGUCAAAUCUGCUGCAGAGAGAAGUCAGAAUAAAUCUUCCAUGUGCAGAAAAAAUCAGUUGGAGUGAGACAGACAAGAAGCAGGCCAGAGAAGAAGAAGAAGAAGAAGAAAAGGAGAAGAAGUGCUGCAUGCUGCAGUAGCUGACGUGGAGCUACUGCUACAAACACAUGCACACACACACAUGCACUCUUGGAAGGUCUGUGCAGCUGGAGACACUCGAGAUGACUGUCUGACAGCCAGCUAGUGAAGCCGGGAGUCUUAAAGAGUGUCAGCUGAAGCUGUUUCUGUAGCUGUGUUUAGAGGUUAAAAGUCGAGAAUGUACACAGACUGACGGAUACAAAUAGAGAAGCAGAAGACAGAUAAACGCAGAUGCACACACACUUGUACACAUUCUUACAACAUCCAGAGAGGUCACCUACUCGUCGACUCAGACAUUUUUUUAAACUUAAACCCUGAUGAACUUGACUUAAAAUAAUAAAGCUGGGUUAACUGACUGAUUAAUCACUCAAAGGAGAUGGAUUACGAUCAAUCAAAUAUGCUAAUUCCAGUGUGCCAAAAACCACCACAAAAGCAACACAUAUGGAGAGGCUAGUCCUCAUCUGAGAGGUUGUUGGUUUGACUCUUGCCCAUGACCUUUUGCUGCAUGUCCUCUCCUGCUCUCUACUCCCCAUAUUUUCUGUCUCAUAAAGUCCCAAAACAAAACUUUAAAAACUCAUUCCAGCUUUUUCUUGAGUGACUUGUAGUUUGUGUAAAUUUUGGCAACCCCCUGUGGACAAAUCAGUCUUUGCUGAUCUUGUCCUUUAUCCUGACAAAAAUAUCUUAUCCUGUUGACUUCUGACAAUCAAAUGUAUCAUCAAACAUUGUUAAUACUUUAUGUGGAAACUUUAAAAAUAAUGCUGUUGGCUGACAUCUACCUUCUUGCACCGGUCGGAGGCAUUAAAAACUGCUAAUUAAAAUUUGUCAUCUUUGUUGUAAGGCUCUCAUUUGCUUUUGUCCAUCAUAAAGAGACAUAAAUAUAAGUUUCAGCCCAUUUCAUAAACAUCAAAAAACUUCUCACAGGAACUUUGAAGGUGUGUAAAAAACACAGUCUGGUGAACUUUUCUUAAAGCUGCUGUUAGGUCCUUUUUGUUUUUAUUGAUUUUGGCACCCCCUGUAGAGUACAAGGGGUCACUUCUCACUCAGUGUAGUUUUUUCCCCCUUUUUUUGCCAUGGAAAAUAUAAAACGAAACAGGUCCACCAGCUCACCAGUUAUUGAUUUGUUUAAGAGCUUACCAACUGUCUAAGACAUCAAAAUAACAAUACUGAAGAAAUCAGUCCUUUCAUUGUUCAUCUGGUUUUCUUUCUUAGGUCAAACAGAGACAUCAAUAUACAUUUUAGUCUGUUUCUCAGCCAGCUAAAAACUCCUCACUGCACCUUUAACCAUGAAAAGGACCAACACAUUACAAGAAGAUGAAAACAGUUGUUUGUUCUCGUGGCAUGCAAAAUUCCUGACAUCGGGAACAAAGCAUCAUUUUGCUUAUUGGACAACAUCUGAUUUUUGUUUGCUGAGAAAAUUGUUGGAAAAAGAUCAUAAAUAAAGCUGCUGAUUCAUUUUAAGGAGGGUCAUGUUGGUCAGAAAUGCCUGAUGCAAGAUCGCACAUCUCUGGGCUAAUCCCUCUGUGUCCAAUCUUUCCACAAAGGUAUUCUGUUUCAUCUCUGAAUUAAUUGCAGAGCCCGACCAACCGCACAAUGGUGAGUAAUGGAAACUCUCUGAGAUGGAUUUUGACAGCAGGUUUUUUUAAAUUUGGUGGUGGUGUUGAAAAGAUAUGUGGAAAACUCAUUGUGCCACCAAAAUACAGCAAAGUUUCCCUCUUUCUUUCUUUUUCUCUCAGCUUCGUGACCAAGAUGAAGUCAUCAUGACUUAUUCUGCCUCGUGCCGGUACCAAUCCCUGAGAAAUGUUCUUCAGCAUUGUCCACUUUGUGUGAGGAGCUUGUUGAGCCAGAUAUGUUCGGUAUGUGGUUGGUCUAGGUCAGAGUGGGGGACGACGUGCCAGAUCUUU